AUGCCUGAGUGGUGUAUGGACCAAAUUCUUCAAGACUACUUGCAGUUUGUCAGAGAACUUGAAAGAUUGUCUGGCUCCCAAAAGAAAUGGUUCAAUGUUCACAGUUCCUCAACUUCUACGAUGGUUGAUGUCGGAGAAGAUGCAAUUAUGAAUUGCUACCUCAAUCCUGAAAUAAGUGCUGAGGACAUGGAGAUUAGGUGGAUCAAGGACAAUGAUGGUUCAACCAUUUACAAAUAUCGCAAAGGAGUGGAAGAGCUAGAAGGUGUGAACAGUGCGUUUCAUGGACGCACAGAAUUGAUAAGGGAUGGAAUAAAAAAAGGAAAUAUUUCUCUAAAGAUACUCAACAUUCAGCCCUCCGAUAAUGGUUUAUAUACAUGCUACUUCCAGAGUACGUUCAUGUUUGAUAAAGCCAGAAUAGAAAUCCUACCACGGUCAAUUGGAACAAAUCUUUUUUUUUCAAUUGAGCCACAAGAACUCAACCUUAAAGUGACAUGUUCUUCAUCUGGUUGGUAUCCACAACCAGACGGACAAUGGUUUAGUGAUGACAAGAAAAACAUGACAGAGUAUUCUAAGUUUAUUGAUAAGGCGGAUGAUGGAUUGUACAGCAUUAACAUUUCUACCAUUUUUACAAAAGAAUACAAAAAUAAAUAUUGUAUCAUAAAAAAUUCAUAUCUGGAGCAUCAAAGAGGAGCUGCCAUUUAUUUAGCAGAACUGAAAAGAGAAAUAGUUAAGAAAGGAUUUGAACAAGCAAAACAACAUGUGGUUGAUGUCAGCCUUGAUCCGGAAACUGCUCAUCCUGAGCUAAAGGUGUCAGAUGACCUUAAGUGUUUGUCAAGGGGGACAGAGAGACAAAAUGUGUCAGACCAUGAGAAAAGGUUUGAUACACGACUAUAUGUCCUUGGAAACGAAGGUCUUUCAAAAGAGCAUAACUACUGGAUGGUGAAUGUACAAGGUUUAAAACACUGGACUAUUGGAGUAGCUUCUGAAAAUAUACCCAGGAAAGGAAAGCUGAAUUUGUCACCAGAAGAAGGAUUUUGGGUGAUAGAAUUAAAUAAGGAAACCUACACAGUUUAUGAAGAUCGUCCUAAAGACAUUAACAUUUCAGAGCCUUGCCACAUUGGAGUAUAUGUACAACUGAAAAAAGAGAAGAUUGUUUUCUAUGAUGCUGAUAAAGGCCACAUUAUCCAUUCAUUUCAUAGAAAAGGUCAAAGCCCAAUUCAAUUAUAUCCAUUUUUCUCCAUUUGGGAUAUUCAUGAAAAUAUUCAUAAUUUCUUUGUUUUGGUUGAGUUCCUCAUCUCGUUAGUCUAUCUC